GCUCAAAUUGAUUUAAAUACUUAUCUCUAAGUUCAUAUUAUUAUAAGGUUAUUUAAACAAUUCUCGUUGGAAAAUGCAGUCGCAAAUAUUAAUGAUAUACGCUUUAAAUAUUUUCACCUUAGUUUGGAUAUUUGCUCACGCUAAAGAUUACGUUUUUAUUUUUGAUCGAGUGGAGAACAUCAAGGGGGACAAGAAAGAUUUACUUGAUUGCACUGCAUUGAAAGUAAUACGAAAGGGUUCGAAUUAUUUUAUAAAUGGGACCUAUACUUUGCGAGAUGUGUUUGAUAAUUCUUUCUCGGUUGAUCUUACAACCGCAUACAGCCCAUUAGGAGAUAGUCGUUUUAUAAAGCAACCGUUUCAGCUUAAAAAACGUCCUGUAUGUUGUUUUUACAAUACAACUUAUAAAAACCAUAUAGAACCAUCGUUUAUGAAACAUUCUGAUUUCCCUAUAAUACCGCCAGAGGGAUUGUGUCCUCUUCCAAAGGGAACCUUUUAUAUCAAUGAAGUUAGUAUAGUUGAUGAUAACCUUCCAUCUCAUUUAGGAAGAGGUUUAUGGAGAUUAGAAGAAAGGCUUUACAAAGGAAACGAAUGUGUUGGGGGCGUGAGAGUCUUUGUUCAAAUCAAAGAUAAACAUUAAUUUUGUAGUAGUUUUUCCUAUCAACAGACAAUUUAAAGUACUGAAAGAACAAAAUGCUGACACAGGAACAAAAUAAUUUUAAGAUCAAUAUAUUGAAAUUCCGAGUUUUUACAAAGGUUGUGAAAGUUUGAACUUGCAUUUUUUUUUAUUUGGCAGAAGAAAGACGAAAGACUGUUCUACUUUUCACAUAUACACAUGUUUAAACAAAACAUAUAGCACAUUCAAUGAAGCUUAAUCUUUUAAACAAAAUUAUAUAUUAAAACAAAUUAAACAAAAUGUGUUAAUUAACAAUAAAAUCGCUCUUGAGAAGGUCGUUCUUUAUCUUAAAUUAUUACUAUUAUCAUACGAAAAUAAUUUUGUAUUUUUUCUGUUGAUAAAAACCUCAAGUUAAAUAUUGUGGAUAUGCCAAGUAAAUAUUGUGGAAGUUAGCUUAUUGCUCACGAGAACAUUUAAAAAUAAGAAGCCUGUUAAUUUGUAAUCCCAAAACAAACCAAAGGGGGUGCAUUUUUAUUUUAAAUUUGUUUGUAUCUGAUAAAAAGCGUUCAAGUCGUUUGCAAAAGAUAAGCAAUUGCUUAAUUAUUUUUAUCUUAAACAAAUUAUCAAUGGCAUGGGUCUUGUGAAACUCGCAAAUACAUUUAAUAA